AUGUACAACAGUGGAGGUCAGGUGACUGGAAUUGGGCCAGUAGGGUACAAGUGCACAGCUGAAAGAGCUGGUUGCAAGCAAGCCCAGCAGUGCAGAUCAGUGAUAGGAGAUAGGGCCAAAUCUGGGCUUACACAUAGCCGUGGAGGCCUUGGCUGUCAGUGUGCAUUUUCAUGGCUGUGGGAUAUUGCCACAGGCACACACAUGGCAGUGGAUGCUGGUGAUGGACAUCAGGCCACUGGCAUGCAGGAGGUGGCGCGUAACCCAGCUGAAGAGCAGAAGGACCAACCAUCCCGGACACGGGCUAGGGGCCCCAGGCCACCGUGGCUCCUCCCAAGGAGGAAGCGGAGGCAUUCAGCCUCACCGGGGAGCGCCACCGUGACACUGCGAACCCAACGCGGGUCGCACAAAAGGUCGUGCGUGCAGGGCCUCGAGAGCGGCCGCGGAGGUCUCAACUUCCCGCAGGCGCCUCCGGGCUGGGGCCCUGCGCCCGCGCCACCUCCCAGCGGAGGCCUGAGUCACCGUCCGCGCGGCCCAGCCGGUUACCUUCCGCAGGGAACUCCUCGAACUCGUCGUCCUCCUCCAGGAGACCCAAGUCUACCGGCUGCUUUUUCUCGGACAUCACGACCCUCGAGCCCAAAAGCCCUCGGACUAGUAGGAAAGUUGGAACCUUCACUCUUCCUCGCUGCCGCCGAGGCCGCCACUGCCGCUGCCGAGGCCGGCUCUACCAUAGAGACGCAGGAGACCAGCAGCGGGAGCAACGCGAGGAAUGCUGGGAUACUGGAGGUCCACCCAGCGCUUCCUGCGGGUUUAGCAAUACCGAGAGUUAGAAAGCUGAAUUAUUUUGUACCUUUACCGUCUUAUCUGGACUCUCUGAAUUGACAGAUUUGAGAUCAGUGCUGAUAUCUGGAGGAAGGAUUGAUUUCAAGGGCACUUUCACUUUGACUUCAGGAGGCCAUGAAGAACUGAGGAGGCCGAUCCAUUCAACCUACACCUCAAGUCUCUGUAUCAUCCUUUCAAGGUCUUGAAGAAAAGUGGCCUGUUGUAACUGUGAAGGCAGACUGGACACUUGCAGCUAGUUCUAAACACUACUG